AAUAGGGAUGGCAACUUUUUCACUUUCAACUUCUCAUUCAACUCCGCAUUCAACUUUUGUUGCCUGAAAAAUCGCCGCGUGCGAAAGGUCUAUUAUACUGAGCUAGACUAAAAUAAAUUGUUUAUUUCGAACAUACGAAAAAAUAAUAUAUAGUAUUCAAUGGAUACAGUCACUAUGCGGGUUGGAACUACCGAGGUUGUAGUGGAGAAUGUUGUAACUGCAGAAGAUGUGGAUGUAUUCAGCGCCCGUCCUUCGACUCCGCUUAAAAAAGCCUGGACCAGACCGACAAGUUGCCUGGCGUGAAGGCACAGUUGAUAAUGAAAAAAUGGGAAAGAAAAAAUCUAAGUGCUGCUGCAUAUAUAAAAAACCUGUAAAUUUUGGGGAAAGCUCUUCUUCUGAUGAAGAGGAGUGUGAACAUUGUUUUGGUCACCCUGAAAAGCGUCGCAAAAAUAUAGAGAAGCAUAAUAGUUCUAAAGAACCUGAACAAAUAGCCAGCCAAGGUAAGAAUUAUCAUGAUCAUGACGAAGGAUCCGAAAAUGUUGCAGCUUCUUCCCUGAUUCCAGUACCAGUAGCAGUCUCUUCUACAGUUCCGAAAAAAUAGCUAUGAAAAUCCUUCAAACUAAUCAGACGGAAAUUUCUACCCUCUUGAAUAGGAAGUUUGUUUUUUAUCAGAUAUAAAAUUCAAUGUCAAGUGUACUACUUUUCCAAAAAAUAUUUUUUUUUUUUUAUUUCAUUUAAUGCACGCUUAUAUCGCAAUACAAAUGGUUAUUACAAAUUAAACGAAA